GUGUCAUGGAAAAACUUGGGCUUGGUCCAGAGGUCCUUCUAGAAGAGAAUCCCAGACUCAUCUAUGCUAGACUUACUGGAUUUGGCCAGACAGGAAAAUAUGCCCGGUCUGCAGGUCAUGACAUCAAUUAUUUGGCUUUAUCAGGUGUGCUGUCAAGGCUGGGUCGAAAAGAUGAAAAACCUUAUCCACCCAUAAAUCUUCUGGCUGAUUUUGGUGGUGGAGGUGUCAUGUGUGCAAUGGGCAUUAUUACAGCCCUUUAUGAACGUACCAAAUCUGGCAAAGGGCAGGUCAUUGAUGCAAGUCUGGUGGAAGGAACAGCAUACCUAAGUUCUUUCCUGUGGAAAUCACAAAAUUUGGGACUUUGGAACAGACCUCGAGGUGAGAACAUGCUAGAUAGCGGUGCGCAUUUUUAUGAAACCUACGAGACCUCCGAUGGAAAAUAUAUGGCUGUUGGUGCCAUUGAGCCUCAAUUCUAUGAGCAGUUAAUAAAGG